UGCACAGCAUAAUGCUCGUUUUCAGUUUGAAGAUAAAACGGUUUGCAAUAACAGAAUACUAAGCCUCCAAUUAGCAUGAAGCCUGCAUAAUAAACUAUUUAAGGUGGAGAGAGUUGUUUCACACGUGGUGGAACACUUAACUGCGAUUAAGUACAUACAGAGGAUUCCUUUCUCCUCUAUUCUAGAUAUUUGGGCUUCAAUGUACGGGGUCACAUCGAAGAGAAGAAUAUGCAACCUGCACGACAUAAUUUGCACCUUGUGGGUGUAAGGAAGCAAUCUGACGCCGAGUCGUGCACGGCGAUCCGUGUAGCGCGCAUCAGUUUGGUCAAAGGCGAACGAAACGAGCUCCUGAGCUGAAGCAAAGGGGGGUUAAUAGCAGCGACAGCAGCUGUGCCGUCAAAUCUUGGUUCACGUCAAAGAAAUAGCGUAUCGUCUGCGUCCUUCAAAUGAAUAAGCGUGAUUCGUUGUGGGAAUACUGAACAUUUCUAUUUUUUUUACGGGCUGGACGAGCAGUGAUGGUAUCCAGCCUCUAACAGGCAGUCUACCCUGCCCCCCACCCCCUCCUCCACCCUCGCCCCCCCCCCACCCCCUUGCCGACGGUCAGAGAGGGAGAGCAGGUGCUCUCAUGAAAGCGGACAGGACCAGCCAUGGCCAGCGCGGACAGUUUAGGGAGUUCAGGAACGGAGCAGACCAGCCUCAGCGUGCCCCUGGCGGACCCUGGAGCCUGGGCCACAGCGAUGAAUAACCUGGGCAUCGUGCCUGUGGGAAUGCCAGGGCAGCAGCUGGUUGCAGAUUCUGUCUGUAUACCAGGAUUUGACCCCGGCUUGGGCAUCAUCGCCCCAAUCAACCCCAUGAUGGCAGGGAUCCGGCUAGUGGCCCCUCCCCCCGUGCCAGUCGAGCUGCCCAUCAUCAAGGAGAUCAUACACUGCAAGAGCUGCACUCUCUUCCCACAGAAUCCCAACCUGCCGCCUCCUUCCACCCGGGAGAGACCCCCAGGGUGCAAGACUGUGUUCGUGGGAGGUCUUCCCGAAAAUUCCAGCGAGGAGAUCAUCCGGGAGGUGUUCGACCAAUGUGGUGACAUCAUCGCCAUCCGCAAGAGCAAGAAGAACUUCUGCCACAUCCGCUUCACGGAGGAGUUCAUGGUAGAUAAGGCCCUCUACCUGUCAGGCUACCGGAUGCGCAUCGGGUCGAGCACGGACAAAAAGGACUCGGGGCGCAUCCACGUGGACUUCGCCCAGGCGCGGGAUGACCUGUACGAGUGGGAGUGCAAGCAGAGGCUGCUGGCGCGCGAGGAACGCCACAGGCGGAAAGUCCAGGAGGACCGCCUGCGCCCCCCCUCGCCCCCCCUCAUAAUGCACUAUUCCGAGCACGAGGCGGGCCAGCUGGCUGACCGGCUCAAAGAUGACGGCAAGUUCAGCGAGGCCACGGCGGUGCUGCUGACCUGGAUCGACCGCGGCGAGGUCAACCGCCGCUCCGCCAACCACUUCUACUCCAUGAUCCAGUCGGCCAACAGCCACGUGCGGCGGCUGCUCAGCGAGAAGGCCCAGCACGAGGAGGAGAUGGAGCUGGCCAGGGAGCACUUUAAGAACGCCAUGCUGUCCAUCCUCACGCAAUUCGAGCAGAUUACGGCCGUGUUCUCCGCCGCCACCAGGCAAAAGGCAUGGGACCAUUUCUCAAAAGCGCAGCGCAGGAACAUAGACAUGUGGCGAAAGCAGUGCGAGGAGCUUAGGAACGCGCACAGCGAGGAGAUCAUGGGAAUACGAAGAGAGGAGGAGAUGGACAUGUCUGACAACGACGAUGACGAAAAUCCCUGCAAGAAAAUGCGAUUAAAUGACUCAGGCCUGGAGGCGCAGACCUACGCUCUGAGAGAGGAGAACGACAGCCUGCGGUGGCAGCUGGAUGCCUACAGGAACGAGGUGGAGCUGCUGAAGCAGGAGCAGGGCAAGGCCUACCGCGCCGAGGAGGACCACGGCCAGGAGCACCAUCACCACUUACUGCAGCAGACCCUGCACAGCAUGCAGCAGCAACUGCUAGGCCUCCAGGGGGAGUUGAAGAGAAAGGAGUUGGAGCUGGAGCAGGCCAGGGACCAGCAGAGGAGCCUGGAGGGGGAGCUAAGCGCCCUGAGGGAGACGCUCCUGAAUGGCCUGGAAUGUUCGGAGAUGAGCUCCACAGAGGGGUCUGAGAAGGCUGUGAACGGGUGCGCGGUGGUGUCCUGUCACGCGCAGGAGCGGAGCGUGGAGGCCUUGGUCCCUGGCCCUCUCAGAUCGGAGAAAGAGGCCCUGCUGCUUGGGAUUAUAUCCACCUUCCUUCACGUCCACCCCUUUGGAGCUAACAUAGAGUACCUGUGGUCAUACAUUCAAAGGCUGGACACAAAGGUCUCCGCGGCGGAGCUGGAGCGGCUCAUGGUCCGGCUGCCCCGCAUGUUCAAGCAGGAGUUCAGCGGCGUGGGGGCCACUCUGGAGAAACGCUGGAAGUUCUGCGGCUUCGAGGGCAUCCAGUCCGUGUGAGGGCCCUGGGAGGGCGACAGACUUGCUGGGAUGGGGGUCCCUGAGGGGUGGAUCCCCCCCCCCCCGUGCGGAAGUUUCUGUGUGAUAACCGUGGAAACCUUCUGGGCAGAAGAAACCGUGAGGUGGUGAGGACAGAGAUGGAAACCACAAAAGGAUUUUACCAUUCUCAGAAUGGAUUUCUUCAUUCUGAAGGCAGAUUGCAUAGCAUUACUGUCUUAAGAUACAGUUCCGUCUUGCUAGGGAAGAGACUGCAAAACUUCUGAAGCAUGCAAAUGCUCUGAGGCAAGUCUUCACAGAUUUUAAAGGAUAUUUUUUUUGUGACCUUUACCGAAAACUAAAAACAGUCAGUGCAUUUCAGAGGGAUUUUUUUCCCUCGCUGAUACAUUCUUUCUCCUUGAGAUCAGUGCUUCAGCGUUGCUGAAACACCCUGCCCAACUUGUGACGCGAUCCAGUUUGGAAUGUGCAUAUUUACACGGGACGUGCCAUUUUUGCAUAUCAUCUGGGAUGCACACCAUCUCUUUUCUUCCUUUUACUGUAUGCUGAGUAUGUACUAUACAUUCUGUUUGUGUUCAGUUUGUUGUUAAGUACAGUAUCCUCUUGUGUAAAUUAUUUUUAACAAAUAAAGGUUUUUAUUCAAA